AUGGCCCAACGCGAAGAUUUUGAGCUUCUCAAGGCAGUUGAGAACGCGACCAACUAUUAUUUAAUUGAUGAAGACAAGACGCAGCCACAGAAUACGCGUCGCACGUAUACGCGUCCCCAGAAGGAGUGGAAGGAAUGGUGUGCAGAGAAAGCAUUCCCGUCUAUCCCUCCAGACUGGCCUAAGCCGUACAACCAGGGAGGCAUUCUGCCAGCUGACCUCGUGGAUGAGGGCUAA